AUAAUUGUAAUUUUGAUAAAAAAAAAAUUAAAUUAGUGUAAUUGUAGAAUAAAUACAGGAAAAGGAGAUUUAUAAAUAUGCUUUCACUCUAGGGUUUUUUCUAGGGUUUCUAGCAAUUCAAGGUUUUUCUUGACCAUGACUAAUAACCAAGGCCACUAUGAUUCCGUGCCGACGAAGCCAAACACUACUGUCGAUAAUGAAGGCAGUGUGCAUGGCCAUGCCGUUGAAGAACCACCACGGCAGGAGCCAAAGGAAAGCGUGUUUGACGACAGUUCUGAUACUGACGAGGAGGAUGCUUUUGACGAGAGUUCUGAUACUGACGAGGAGGAUGCUUUUGACGACAGUUCUGAUACUGACGAGGAGGAUGCUGAUGCUUGGUUUGGGAGAUUUGAUGCUUGGUUUGGGGAAUUUCUGAAGGAGUCUUGUUUUAGAACUCUCCGUGCUUAUUUGGCGGUGAAAGCUUUUGAAGAUGGUCGUGCCACGGCCUGCAUUGAAGCUGUCAAUGCAGCAAUCGAGCGAGAGAACGAAAAGGAGGGUGCAAAUUUGGAACUUGUGCAGGUGACCAAGGCAAAGGCACGAUCUACUAUUUAUUAUGUAACCUUUUUAGCUAAAAACAAGACUACCGGAGACAUCGACACUUAUCGAUUGAAAGCUGGUGGCGAGUUCGGACUUAGUAAACCAGUACUAAGAUUUCUCCAUCCAGGCGUAACUGAAAUCAUCAAGAUCGCAUAAGAUGCUUAUGGAUUGUGGAUAUCUCCGAAUUCUUUUGUGGAAACUAUUCGCUCAAAAUUGUGGUCAAAAUCAUUUCAUGAACUUCUUACCGAUCCAAUCUGCACCGGUUGGUUUUGAAUUCUUCAUAUAGCAUUGAAUAUAAAGAGAAUAUUUUGUCACAGAAGACGUAAAGAUCGGGUUGUAAUUGGCAAGUUGUCAAAUUUUAAAGGUAUAAAAGGCAGGUUGUAUUGACCUAAAAGUGCAUGAAUAUGCUAUUUUUAGGGGAAGUAUACAGAUAUUUCCCUAAUUUUUACCUCAGA